AUUAAUUGAUAAAGUACCUUUUAUAGAUAAGUUAUGCAACCUUUAUAUGUUAACUAUACAAUUUUUUCGAAUAUAAGAGAUACGAAGCUUGACAUGUAAAAUUUUUGACAUAAAAGAAAAAUAUAAGUUUAAGUGAAACUCGAAAAAGAAUUAGAUCAGUAUUAUUAUUGUUGUUUAAUUUUAUAAAGUUGAAGUUGAUAUUCGUUUGUAAUAGGUUAUGUUACAGUAUUUACUUUGUUAAAAAUUGCAGUUGAUAAUUGUCUAAAAUAAUCUAUACUUUAAAAGAAAUUUAAUUUUUGUUUUCAAAAAGUAUGUCUCAUAUAAAUAAUGAUAGUACUAUUAAAGAAAAGAAAGAAUUGAAUUUUGAUUCUAUCUUGAAAGAAAAAUGGGAAGAAGCUCAAAACAAAGGAAUAUUUCGUUAUGUAUUAAAUAUUAAAAGUUCAAAAAUAUUAAGUGGAAAGUAUCAAUUCUUAGCUCAGUUAAACAUUGACCGUGGUUGUAAUAGAAGGCUUCCUGAAAAUAUCACUUCAAUGACACAGUUGUUUGAUAAAGAACGUUUCAAUUUCACUAAAAUUUCUUCAGAAGAGAAAAUAAUGAAUUUAGAUGCUGAAAAUGAAGCAGAUAUAAUUGCAGUUAAUAUUAGUCCACUGGAGUAUUGUCACUGUUUAUUGUUACCUGAGAGAUGGAAACAGUUACCUCAAGUUGUAACAAAAUAUAGUCUGUACAAAGCUUUAGAUAUAUUUGCAUUAAGUCACGAUUUAUAUAUCCGAAUGGUAUUCAAUAGUCUCUGUGCUUAUGCAUCUGUAAACCACCUUCACUGGCAUCUGUAUUAUCUAAAUCAUAAGAUGUUGUUAGAAUAUAUUGAUCUUGAUGACUUUAUGGGUCCUGUACAAAUUUUAAAGAACUACCCUGCAAAUGGAUUUUGUAUAAAACGGUUAAAUGUAAAAAAUAUAGAUGAAUUUGUCAAUUGGGCGUUUUUAGUCAUAAACUAUUUACAAAACAAGCAGAUAGCACAUAAUGUUUACAUUACAAGAGCAAAAGCAGAUUCUGGAAAAGAAUAUGAAGACCUGAGGAUUUACAUUUGGGCUAGAAAAUCCAGCACAGGCAUAAAAGACACUAGUGUUUUUAAUGUAGCAUCUUGUGAAUUGUUUGGACAUUUAUCAAUAAAAUCUGAGGAAGUGUAUAAAAAUGUAUCAGAAGAAUAUGUAGCAAAUUUUUUUAAGGACAUAACAGAAGAACCCUUUUCACUCAUUUUUGAUGAAGUAAAAAAUUUAAUACAAAGGCAACUGACUAUAUGAAAACUAUUACUAUGUUAAAUUUAUGUAUGUUCGAAAUAUCUUGUAAUUGAAUUAAUAAU